GGGGAAGUUUCUGGCACCUUCUGGCGGUGCCGGCGGAAGCGGCCGGGAGGGAGGCGCCUCCGCGGGGCCGGGGCAGCGCCAUGGCCAAGUGGGGCCAGGGGGACCCGCGCUGGAUCGUGGAGGAGCGGGCGGACGCCACCAACGUGAACAACUGGCACUGGACGGAGCGGGACGCGACCAGCUGGUCCAAGAGGAAGCUGAAGGAGGUGCUGGAGGGGCUGGUGGUGGAGGGCGAGGCCGGGCGCUGCGAGAUCGGCGACCUCAAACACGUGGAGGGCGAAGCGUCCUGCAACAGCCGCAAAGGGAAACUCAUCUUCUUCUACGAGUGGAACCUGCGCCUCAGCUGGAAAGGUACAGUGAAAGAGUCUGGUGAGAAACAUAAGGGAUCUGUUGAAAUUCCUAACCUGUCAGAAGAGAAUGAGGUAGAUGAUACAGAGAUCAAUGUUAGCAAGAAGAAAGGGGAAGGUGAUGCUCUGAAGGACCUCAUGAGAACUGAAGGAACCACCAAAGUCAGAGAGGCCCUGAGGGACUACCUGAAAGCACUUAAAACAGAGUUCACCUUGGGAAUGAUUCUGCCAACAAAAGCUCCUGCUGGUCAGGAACCAGCCACGGAGCGAAAACCAAGUGGGAGCACUGUGCAGGACUCUGUUACACCGCAGUCUCUGGAUAUGGUUGGAGUAAAAAUUCCAACGGUGAGGAUACAUAUGAGGGAAGUCUUUAACUCUCCAGCUGAUGAACUUUACAGCAUCUUCACAAAGAAGGAAUUGGUGCAGAAGUUCUCCAAGUGCCCAGCCGUGAUUGAAGCAGAGAAAGGAGGCAAACUUCAGAUGUUUGAGGGCUGUGUCAGCGGUGAAUACACCGAACUGGUGCCAAGCCAAAGAAUUGUCCUGAAGUGGCGGUGUCGGAGCUGGCCUGACGAACAUUAUGCAACAGUGGCCUUGAAAUUCCAGGACCUGGCGGCUCAGUCGGAACUGGAGCUGGAAUGCAAAGGGGUUCCUGUUGCCCAUGAAGAGAGUACAAGACAAUGUUGGAAGAAGCAGUAUUUUGAAGAAAUACAUAUUUUACUGCAGCAAUCAAAAGACGACAUGGAAUGAUAACAGCACUGUAGUUUUGUUAGGGCAUUACUUUUUAUACUUUGUUAACAUUUGGUUUUCUAAAAAAAAAAAUAAUUUAUUUGUGGGAAAAAUAAAGACCCACUUCUAUGAGACUGUA